AUGGAAGCCAUACAGGUCCGCUCAUUCAUCUCUUUGCCUGAAGGUUCCAAGCAACAAGACUCCCCCAAACAGGAGCCCAGUCACUUCCAUCGACCCUCCCCCAAAAGCUCCAGGACCUAUACCAACGCACCCACUGGUACUGGACAUGGAGCCUCGGGGCAAAGUGUAACUACCCUUACGGAGCAUGUGGAACCAAAUCACUAUCAAGCUAUAUUUGCCCAUCAGCAAACCCUAUCCGCAGAUCAGCAAGACCUGAUGCACGCCGGUUCCUGGGCCACGAUCGAGCCACGCACCGAUCCCUUCGGCAUCGAAAACGAUCCCAUUCUAUCCCCAAUUCACCGUGCCGGCGCCACCACCGAUUCUGCGAGACAGGGAACUGAGACGACCGAUUGCAGCGGAAGGGAAAAUACCGAGGAAGCCGUGGGAAUUCUCAGGGCAAGUCUACACCACAAGGUGUAA